CUCUCGAAGUUCCCGGCUCAGAUCUGUCUCAACACUGCUAUCCUGACGGCAGCCAGGCAGAGUUGCCCCUCGUCCCAUACCCAUCCCCUGGCCGCUUGGAACGGUGAUUGAAUCACGCCUUAUUGUCUACAUUCGACUCUCUUGCGCCCCAACAGCCGCGGGCGCCAGGACAGUACCGAGGCGUGCGCCUCGCCGUGCUCACAUCUGCGGUCUGACAUGACUGUCAAAUGUCAAAUUUGGAGACUCGACGAGCCGUCCCUGAUCGCGAGCAAACGAUCUUAGGCAUGCACGAAGACCAAACCAACACUGGCGACAAUGGUGCUACGGCCGUCGUGACCGAAAAGCAUGGACGUGCGUGGACAAGAGAGCCUGCAUCGGGCACGAGUCAUUUCGACGAAGAUGAGAACAAGGCUGCUGUGGAAUUGGCUGCCAUCCUGACAGCAACCUCGACGCCUGUCUCGCCAGGGCCCUCCAGUCCGCCCCUGGAACAAACUGCCAAGUCGUCAGACUUCGUGCCCCCUACGCGGCCGAGCAGCACUCCGUUUCCAAAUGCGCAACAGGGCCAGACAGACAUACGUUGUCUGGUGUGCCAUGACGUUUGCAGCGACGAGGACGAGCACAUGUCGCCAGAUCCAGCAGAAGCCCCGCCGGCCGCAGAGAAACCCCUAUCGUCAUUCGCUCAGCUGCCUGCCGAGAUCCACGAAUGUAUCCUGGACCACCUCUUCGGCUAUCGUGUAUCAACCUCGUCACCAAGUUCUCUAAGCAUACCGAGCGUAAAUGCUCGAAGCUGGAGCACGGCUCUGCGGCAUUCGAGGAGAAAAGAGCUCUCUAACCUGGCUCUCGUGACAUCCCUGUGGAGAGACCUCGUGCAACAACGACUAUACAGGCACAUCAAGCUGAAGGCGACGAUCGACAGUUGCAACCAUGUCAUGCACUUCUUCGUGCAGCGCCCGCAUCUCAGGCAAUAUGUCAAACAUGUCGAGGUGUGGUUCCCAGUUUUCCAACCAAAGCUGGCGGUCGUGAAUCACCGCGAACCGUUGCAGACGCUGCCGAUAGUGUCUCCAGAAGGGAUUACAAGCGCAACGUACGCAUUGCCCACAGACAACUCGAGUUUGGAGGAGAUAUUCUACCUUGUCAGUCUGGUUUUCCCCGAUGCCCGAGUCUUGACGUUGGAAGGUGGAGAGCGUAAGAAGGCGCCCCGCGUCCACUAUACGCUCGGGCCAGACAGACACGACACAGAUCCCGCCUCCGCGAUUGCGAAAACCAGCCUGCCAGUGGUUUCUUCCAUACGAACAUUGAUCAUCAAGGGUCAGUGGAACAUUAUCCGGUCUUCAACAGAUUGGGAUGUCAUCUCACAGGCGAUUCCAAAUCUUGAGGAGUGGCACGGCACGUACGCCAAGCCCAAGUCGAAGAGCUAUCUCAGCAUGGCGACAAUCCUGGACAGGCUGAACCCCAGGAUCAGCCGACUUAACUUGUGUCUCGAGUGCGAUUAUCGACGAGAGAUGACAUGUCCUCCCUACUACGCCAAGGUCUGUGACCAAGUACAUUGGUGCGAAAAGCUUGCCAAUGCGGCUACGAAUCUGGAGCAUCUUUCUUACACAGGGCGCGUGUGCCAUGGGUUUUUUGAGACGCUGGCCAGGAUGAUCACCCCGCGGACGACCAAGCUCAAGACGAUAGAUAUUACCGUAAAGAACUGUUGCCGGCCUGUCGGGGUACAGUGGAACGAGUCGGGUUCGGGCAUCACGGACAUGCAUUUUAUCAACGCUUUCGAGGCUCUCGUCUUGAGUGGGAUUCGUGCGCUCGAACGUCUGAAAGCUGUAGAGCUCCUCCGGAUUCGAUAUGUUGAUUUGGAUUCGCCAGUUCCGCCAUUGAACCCUUAUUUUGUCGUUCAAGAUGGCUGGUGCUCCGGCGUCUGGAGCGACCAGAUUGUGGCCGAAAUCAAUCGUGUCCGGCCGGAUAUCCGAUUCGAGGAGUUGGUAGAGAGCUUCGGCGAAGUCGGCUACAGCAAAGAGGGGAGGCUUGUCAUAAGUCCAGACUUUCCCAAAUCACGUGUGCUUUCGCUCAAACUUGCCAACUAUGCCAUGCUGGCCGGUGGCAUAACAAUUGUAUGAGAAUUGGCGCGCCGGGCGGAGUAGCGAGUGUCAUGGCAAUUGAACGGAUCGUGAAGGACUAUUGGGUUAUUUGUUGCGGAGCGAGUCUUGUCAUCAUCACCAUGACGAUAUUACGACAAGAGAGAG